GUUUUUUAAAAAGCCAGUCUGCAGAAUAAGAUCAGAGAGGGGUUUGUGCAGGCAACAAGAUCAAUCCACCUCUGAGAGGGAAAUACAUACUCUCUCCCCUGCUCACAUGUUGCGUGCUCCUUAACAAACCUAUGAAGCGUGAUUUGAAAAUCUAGGAUUAGACCAAGAGGACUUUAGGAGGAGGGAAAGAAACCACCACAACAGCCCUCUGAGCUACUUAACAGAAGUAGCUCAGUUCAACUGUCCUACUCUGCUGGAGAAGCACUUAUUUUGUCUCCUGGGGGGGCCCACUUUGAUGUUUACACUGGAAAUCCAAGCUUUUAAAAUCAAGAGAGCAUGGAGGAAAAGGAAGACACCGGAGCUAUGGAAAACAGAAACGUUCUCAAUGGCCCUCUGUACAAGGAAGAAGAGUUAGUCCGGAAGAGAAGCCCUUUUCGAAGAAAAGAGAGGAAGUAACGUGUGAAUGUCCGUAACGCGUUUCCAGGUUUUCAAGCGCAGCUGUUGCGAAAGAGGUGCUGGAGGAAGAGGAGGGGGAAGCGUUUGGCUAGGAAGAUGAAUUUGAUGGGCGCUUCAUGAGGUUCCCACGAUAACACCAGAGGGGGCUUUAUUCGCCCCCACCCCCCGUCCAGGAAGCCCCACUUGGGAACUGAUUUAUUUUAAUCUUUUGGGUGGAAGGCAAUAUCCGACCCACUUGUGGGGGGCUUGGGGUGUGGAAGGGUAGGGCUGGGGGGGAAGCCCCCAGCUACUUCGAUGUAAUUUGCAAUACACUAGGAAUACAAACGGGGGGGGGAAUACUUCUUUUUUUUGGAGGUGCUAAGGAGGGAGCCGAGAAUUAGUACAUUCUGGCAUGGAUCUGGCUUCUAAUUAAACAGGAAGACUGGGGAGGGGGGCUGGAGAUUCCCCCCAAUUUUCUAUCUCUCUGCCCCCCCCUUUCAACUGACUUUUUUUUGGUGGGGGGGGUUUGCCAGUUAAACGCAGCUCCCUCCAGCCCUGCUUUUUAACCCACUUUCUGAGGUUGAGAUCAUCAAGACAAUCAGUUUUGUAGGGUCAAAAGGAAGAAGGGGCGGAAAGCCCCUCCGCGCGCCCCCCACCCCAAUUUCUCAUCCGCCACCAGCCAUGCGCCUUUGGGUUUGGGGUUUCUGCCUAAGGAACAGCUGACGAUGUGGAGUGAAGCCGUGGACCAGGAACCAGAUACGAACUGUUAAGAGAAAGGAGUCACCAAGGAGCCCGUUUUCCCAAGAGGAAAGGGGGGAAAGAGAAAAAGGAGACGAGGUAAUCUUGAGCACUAGCGGCUUGAAACAGCCACCAUGGGCUGCGCUCCCAGCAUCCACAUCUCAGACAGCAGGGUGGUUUAUCACAGUAGCAAAGAGACGGAGGACUCGAACUCGUCGUCGCAGCAGCAGCAACAACAGCAAGGCAACCCUGUCUCUGGAUUAUUCAUUAAAUCUUCCAACACCUCCGCGUACAAGCUGAGGACUAAUCCUUCGAAGAAAGACAAGCAAGACAACAUGGAGGGGGAGUCUCGCACCAGCAGAUCCAGUGUUAAGGCAGUGGGAACAGAUGUGCAGUUUGGGCCUAUGAGACUCCACCAAGAUCAACUUCAGGUACUUCUAGUGUUUGCCAAAGAAGACAACCAGAGUAAUGGAUUCUGCUGGGCAUGUGAGAAAGCUGGAUUUCGGUGUAACAUUGCCAGGACGCCGGAAUCUGCCCUUGAGUGCUUUCUGGAGAAACACCACGAAAUCAUCAUUAUUGAUCAUAGGCAUUCAAGAUAUUUUGAUGCAGAAGCUCUAUGCAGGUCCAUUAGAACAAGAAAGCCGUCCGAAAACACUGUUAUCAUUGGUGUAGUGAGGAGGCAUGCAGAUCGUGAAGAAUCCUCAAUAUUACCCUUCAUUUCUGCUGGCUUCACGAGGAGAUAUGUAGAAAAUCCCAACAUCAUGGCCUGUUACAACGAACUCAUUCAGCUGGAAUUUGGAGAAGUGCGGGCACAAUUCAAACUAAGGGCUUGUAAUUCAAUCUUUACAGCGUUAGAGAAAAGUCAAGAAGCCAUUGAGAUUACAAGUGAAGACCAUGUAAUACAGUACGUAAACCCUGCGUUUGAAACCGUGAUGGGCUAUCAGAAAGGCGAAUUAAUAGGAAAGGAACUAACAGAAGUGCCUACAAAUGAAAAAACUGAUUUCCUUGACACUAUUAAUUCUUGCAUCAAGAUAGAAAAGGAAUGGCAAGGAACCUACUACACUAAGAAGAAAAAUGGAGAGAGUAUACAACAAAAUGUGAAGAUCAUACCUGUCAUUGGACAGGGAGGAAAAAUUAGACACUAUGUGUCACUUAGUAGACCAUGCAAUGACAACAGUAAGGCUGAAAGGGUCUGUGAACGUGUCCAAGCUGAGUCCCAGACAGAUAUCCAGAGCUGCAGGCACAAAGACAGGCGGAAAGGCUCUUUAGAUGUCAGAUCGACCACUUCUCGGGGUAGUGAUGGCAGUUCACAGAGAAGGCAUUCCUCUAUGGCCAGAAUACAUUCCAUGACUAUUGAAGCACCCAUUACCAAGGUAAUAAAUAUUAUCAAUGCUGCACAAGAAAGUAGUCCCAUGCCGGUUGCUGAAGCCUUAGAUCGAGUUCUUGAGAUCUUGAGGACCACUGAAUUGUAUUCUCCACAACUUGGGACGAAAGAUGAAGACCCACAUACGAGUGACCUUGUUGGAGGUUUGAUGACAGAUGGCCUACGAAGAUUAUCAGGGAAUGAGUAUAUAUUAUCAGCAAAACAAACUCAUCAAGUCCCAGGCAGUUUAAUUUCGCCCAUCUCCCUUAAUGACAUACCACCACGGAUAGCAGAAGCAAUGGAAAACGAGGAAUACUGGGACUUCAACAUCUUUGAAUUGGAAGCAGCAACCCAUAAAAGGCCUUUAGUUUACCUUGGUCUCAAAAUGUUUGCCCGCUUUCGGAUCUGCGAGUUCCUCAAUUGCUCAGAGUCGACCCUGCGAUCAUGGCUGCAAGUCAUCGAAGCCAACUAUCAUUCGUCCAACUCCUACCACAACUCGACUCACUCUGCUGAUGUGCUGCACGCCACGGCCUAUUUCCUUUCCAAGGAAAGGGUUAAACAAACCUUGGAUCCCAUUGAUGAAGUUGCUGCUCUGAUUGCUGCCACUGUUCAUGACGUGGAUCAUCCAGGCCGAACAAAUUCCUUCCUGUGCAAUGCAGGAAGUGAGCUGGCCAUUUUGUACAACGACACAGCAGUGUUGGAGAGCCAUCAUGCCGCCUUGGCCUUCCAGAUCACCACACGGGACGAUAAAUGCAAUAUUUUUAAAAACAUGGAGAGGAAUGAAUACCGAACCCUCCGGCAGGCCAUUAUCGACAUGGUCCUGGCCACAGAAAUGACCAAGCACUUUGAGCACGUCAACAAGUUUGUCAACAGCAUCAACAAGCCGCUGGCAGCGCUUGAAGAGAACGGGGGUGCAAACGGAGAUAGCGAUUCCAUCAAAACCGUCCUCACGUCUCCCGAAAACCGGAUCCUGAUCAAGCGCAUGCUAAUUAAGUGUGCUGAUGUUUCCAACCCAUGUCGGCCCCUGGAGCAGUGUGUCGAGUGGGCAGGCCGCAUCUCUGAGGAAUAUUUUGCACAGACAGAUGAUGAGAAAAGACAAGGGUUGCCUGUUGUGAUGCCUGUUUUUGACCGGAAUACUUGUAGCAUCCCCAAAUCUCAAAUAUCCUUCAUUGAUUAUUUCAUCACCGACAUGUUUGACGCUUGGGAUGCCUUUGCAGAUCUUCCAAAUCUGAUGCAGCAUCUAGACAACAACUUCAAAUACUGGAAGGGGCUGGAUGACAGGAAGCUACGGACCCUCCGACCGCCCCCCGAAUAGCAACCGGGCCUCUUGGUGGUGUGAACAUUGCCCAUCCGGAGGCGUUCCUACAAACUUGCAUUUGAGAAUGCAUUUUCGGAUUUGUUUUGGUCUCUUCAGUAUUACAGCAAGGCCUUCCUGUACACAGCUUCGGAGAACUUGAGCGUUCUAAGAAUGUCUUGAGGUCAGCAGUGGACUCUUGGCAACCUCCCACCUAGGGACUCUGUGUUGAGUGAGCCUUUCAAGUUGAAUUACACUGGACUGCUGCGAUGUCUGUACUGAAGAGGGUUUGAAAGCGAACCUUUUUUUGGUUUUGUCUCACAUUUUUGGCAUUCUCUUCAUGCCAGAUUUCCAAAGCUUGAAGAUAGCCUCCUCCUCAUAAAAGAGACAAUUUUAACACAUUAAUCGGAUCUACAAGUGAAGGCGAAUGUCUCCAUCGGUGGUAAUGUCUCAACAGUUAUGAGGAUACUUUUUAAUGAGCACUUAAAGGAAGAAAAAAACCCCAGUUACAUUGAACAAUAUUUGACAUGCAAACCCUUUAUGAAGGAUUUUGGGAGGGGGGGAAACUUCUGAAAAAUGGACAUAGCUCUAUUUUUUUGCAUUGCAGAAGGCGCAAUCAUUCACUUCUGAGCACUACUGAGAGCCAGGUCUCUUUAAAAUGAGUUUAGUAGCAAAUGUAAACAAACAAACCCACCCAACCUGCAAAUCUUUUGAAGCUGAUCGUUAGACAUCUUUGAUUAAAAUAUGUUUUAUUUA